GCCGCUCGCUCAGCCCGGAAACGCACCGCACCGCCCCGCAACAUGCUGCCUGGCUCCCGCUCCGACUACGCGCGACCACAGCGACUUGUCUUCACCACCGAGUAGCCGUCCUCCUCGACCCUCGUGGACUUUAACCUCCUCGGAUACUUUUCUUCCACUUCGUUGAAAUCCCGACUGGUUGUUCGAAAGCACAGCUACCGUUUGAAAAUGUUGCAAAGCUUCGCCCAGCCGCAGGACUGGCUCUACUCUGAGCCGCUGCUCUUCGACGACGACUUCUGCCAGAGCUUGAUGAAGGACCUCCAGUCGCUGCCCACUCCCCCGCAGUCGCCCCCCACGAAGGCGGCGGGCGCCGCCGGCCGGGGAGGCGAGCCCCUCUCCAGCGGCGACCAGCUGAGCUUCGUGUCCGACAUCCUGCUGGAGGACCACGACAUGCAGCUCAACUGGAACUGCGCCUUCAUCCACGAGAAGGCGGGUACUUUCGGAGGCGGCGGGGGGCGUCGCCGCCGGCCCUCGGAGGAGGAGAGCGGCGAGGACGGCCUGUGGCGGUGCCUGGCGUCGGACAAGCCGGCGUCGUCGGUGCUGGGCUCCAGCCCGCUGCUGUCGGACAUGGACACCGCCAUCUUCGAGGGGCUCGCCGGCUCCACGCUGGACUGCCACGACCUGACGGAGAGCCGGGAGAGCGGCGAAGCCACUUCCGACUACUGCUCCACCGGAGGAGAGAUGUCCACGUACUCGUCCAGCGACUCCGAGGAAGAGAUCGACGUUGUGACGGUGGGGCGCCGCCCCUCGGCCGACCCCUCGUCCCGCCGCCAGAAGCGGCGGGACGAGGAGGAGGAGCGCUGCGCUCUCCGGCGCCACCACUUGGAGAUCCAGCUGCAGCACAACUACGCCGCGCCGCGCCCGGCCUCCCCGCCGCCCUCCUCGUCCAACAAACGCCCCCGCGGCGGCCAUUGCGCCGCCUCCUCGCCGUCCGCCCGCCACCAGCAGUCGUCGCGGCACGCGGCCGACGCGGAGGACGAGGAGGAGCGGCGGCGGACGCACAACGUGAUGGAGCGGCAUCGGCGCAACGAGCUGAAGAACUGCUUCGUGCGCCUCCGCGACAACAUCCCCGAGCUGUCCCGCAACGACAAAGCCUCCAAGGUGGUCAUCCUGAAGAAGGCCACGGACUGCAUCCGAGGCCUGGAGGGCCACGCCCACCAGCUGCAGGCCAAGCGCGACAAACUGCGCGCCAGGCAGGAGGAGCUCAAAGCGCGACUGCAGCGCCUCCGGACGCCGGCCCGCUCGUGAGGAAAAAGGGAAGGAGGGACUUUUUGGUUUGUUUGUUUUGUACAAAGACAAGCUUUUUGCUUUCAGGAAUGAGGAUUGUUGGGUUUUUUUCGUACAAAGAUGAGCUUUUUGCUUUCAGGAAUGAGGACAUUCUGACAAGUACGCACAAAGAUGGACAUUUCGGUCACAAAUAUAGACUUGACACGUUGCGAUGCCUUGACUGCUGACUGAACACACACACACACACACGAACACGAACGAGGUCAGUUCUUGCGCGACUCGCAAAAAGUUUGGGAUUUUGGGCUACGGGCUGAAAUUCCAGGAUGGAACUAAAAUGCCUUUCAGUGACUCCACCUCAACCUGCGAGACCGGAGGAGUUACAGAAGGCAUAGAAGUGGGUUUCACCUGUAAAGGUGAAUUUUGGAUUCAUCUUGAAAUGACCCCACAAGGCCCGAUAUCCCGAACAUUUUGGGAGGAGUGUAUUCAGGAUGUCUUUAGCCAUAGCAACCAGCAAUCCCUCCGCCGUCAGCGAUUUUGAUGGCCUUCCGAUUAUUAGUUUUUGUUCUGAGGGGGACGUAAAGUUCCAGGAACUUCUUCCUUUGUCGGCAUUUGAUGCCUUUGAUGCGCGAUGGUGUCAAACUCAUUUUUGUAUCAUUUUGGUGUUUUAAGAUUUAUCAUUCUAUACAUAAAAUGCUCACUAAGUGGAAAUUGGUGACAGAUAUUGAAGUAUACAGUGGACCCCGCAUAUUCGCAUUUUUUUUCUGGGAACCCCAACCUGU